AUGACGCGGCGUGCUGGCUUGAGGAGCGCGAGAUGGUUGCUGCUACUCGCCUGUGUGCCUGCCUUUGUGGGCAGCUUCCAUUUUAGCGCUCGCACCGGCGUUGCCCGGCGUGCGAAGGAUGAUGACCGGGUGAAUUACAUGGAGUCCCCCCUGGGGCAAUUUCUGGGCUCCAUAGCCAAGGCCAUGUCAGAUUCCCCGCUGAAUGACGCCAAGAUCUGGUUUGCCCAGACACAGGCCGGGGAGUAUGAUGAGGCGGCGGCCCGUGGCAAGCUUGAGGACUAUAUCAAGAACAACAAGGUCUUGAUGUUCUCCUUCACCAAGUGUCCCUUUUGCAUCAAAGCCAAGAGGGAGCUGACCGACAUGGGGGUGCCUUUCACAGCCCUUGACCUGGACCAGAUGGACCAGGAGGGCAAGGAGCUGAGGGCAGAGCUGGCGAAGAAGACCAAGCGCACCUCAAUGCCCAACAUCUUCAUCGCGGGCCAGGGUAUCGGAGGUUGCAAUGACGGCCCGGGGCUUUUGACGCUGAAGAAGGAGGGCAAGCUGGAGCCGAUGCUGCGUGACGCUGGGGCGCUGGCGUAG